AUGGGGCAGUGGGGCGUCCACAGGAGGAUGCUGUGUUUGUGGUUGUCGCUCCUCGGAUUCGCUUUUCUUUUACUGAUAGUCGUGGAGAGGUUCCACCGAGGGAAAUAUCACUCUUACCAGAAACUCGGCACCCCGCGACACCCCUUCCAGCGGACCCCCGGCCUGCCGGACGACUUGGAGCUCAUCGGAGACGCCGCAUUGGAGCUCUUGCCCGAUCUCGUGCCCAUCAACUCGCUUAAGGAGGACCAGCUUUUGUUCGUGGCGUCCACGCAGGGCACCAAGGACCCGCUGCUGAAGAAGUGGAAUUACAAGGUGCUCUUGCCCGCGACGAGGAAGGAACUGGUGUUCGGUGAUGUCGGAGAAGAUGCGCAGGAUGAAGAAGACACCCGCAGGUCCCCGCCCGAUGCGCGACAUCCCAGGUGCCUGGGCGAGCAGUACGAAGACUUUCUGCCUUCUGCCAGCGUGGUCAUCUGCUUUCACAACGAAGCUUGGGAGAGUCUCGUGCGCACACUGCACAGCGUCUUGAGCACAACGCGCAGAUCCUUCUUGCUGGAACUUCUCCUGGUCGACGACCUCAGCACGCAGGAUCACCUGAAGACCACCCUCAGUGAAUACGUGUCCCACCUGGACGGGGUGCGUUUGGUCCGCAGCGCCCAGCGCCUGGGGGUCGCAGGGUGCCGUAACCUGGGUGCCUCCGAAGCCUCGGGGGAGGUGCUGGUCUUCGUGGACCCCGAGUGCGAAUGCCACGAGGGCUGGCUGGAGCCGCUCCUGGAGAGGCUGGCCCGGGACAGGACAAGAGUGGUUUCCCCCGUGGUGGACGCCAUCCACCGGCAGACGUUCGAGUACAACGUCACCCAGUGGCCGGUGUGGGGAGUUUUCGACUGGAAUCUGGACUUUUCCUGGGAGCCCAAACCGCAACUUCUGGACCAGGACUCGGCCUUGGCGAUUGAACCUGUACUGAGUCCAGCUUUGGGGGGUGGAGUUCUGGCCAUUGACAGACAUUUCUUCCACCAUGUGGGAGGCUUUGAUCCUGGCAUUCUACUGCGGGGAGGGGAACAAAUUGAGCUGUCAAUCAGGGUGUGGUUGUGCGGGGGCUCCAUGGAGGUUGUUCCGUGCUCUCGGGUGGCCCAGCCAGACCGCCGCCACCUCCCCCGCCUCCCUUCCCGCUUCCAAGACCGGGAGCAGCUCGAGAGGAACAAGAUCCGCAUAGCGGAGACGUGGAUGGAUGCAUACCGCAAAAUCUUCUACAGGCGAGACACGCUGGCUCAUUUUAUUCGGCAGUCUGAGGGGCCCAAUAUUACAGAGCGCCUGCAGCUGAAGAAGACUCUGGCCUGUAGGGACUUCCAUUGGUACCUGACCAAAAUCCGUCCCCAACUGUACGUUCCGCAGGAUAGACCAGGACUCUCAGGCGAGCUGUAUAGCGUGGCAGUUGGUGGCUGCGUCGACCGCGUCCCGGGUCAGGGGGCGCCCGCCGGAGCCAUGAUCCUGGCGCCGUGCAGCGGCACGGGCAGUCAGCACUGCGAUCUCAACUCUGACGGGGAAGUGAGGUGGGGUCCUGCGGGGGGUUUCUGUUUGGACGCCGUCGGCGAGCGGGUUGUCCUCUCCGAGUGUCAGCGACCCGUCGGUGACCGGCUCCAGUGGACGUUCAUAAAGCUGAGUGGACAACUGCUCCACCGACAGUCCCAGUUGUGUAUGGAGGCUGUGAAGGUCGGACCCCCACAGCGGAGCCCCCCGCCCAAUGUAGUCCGCGCCCGCUCGGGAGACCUCAUCCUGCGUCCCUGCACCCGUCAUCCCACCCAGCAGUGGCACUUCGAGCAGCUCGUGUCACCUUAAUUCGCGCGACGGAGAACAAUAAUGCAACCACAACAAAUAUUAUUUUGAGUGCGUUGUGGCCCACUUGCGUGUUAAUUGCGGAGAAUCCGGGGAGCAAAAGCUGUUCGACACCCCCCUGGUGAAUUUAAUCAAUCAGUCCUGAGAAGCACCCUGGAUGUAAAUUCUGCACCUGAGGCAUGAUGGGAUGCAUUCGUUGUGGUUCACUAAUGUUUUUAUGGAUUUAUUAUUCAGCGACACGCUCCACACAUCACAAGUGUGGAAGGAGGCUGUUAUCCCUACAAAGAAGACAUAUAAAUGUAUUUUAUUUUACUCGAUGUCACAUUAUAUUUUUCAUCUUUAAAAUGUUAUAAAAAUGCAUCAUUUUUAUUUUAUUUUUUGUCAAUAUUUGUUCCUGUUUUAAGGAUUUCUGAUUAUACCCCUGUCAUUUAAUGAACUUGUUAAAGACGAUAUGAUCUCACACCCAAAACACAUCAUGGUUAAUAAAGUCAAGAAAUGGAAAGUAGCAUUGCAUC